AACCGGAAGAUGUUUGGGAUUGAAUGUCAUUUCCGCGAGGGCGUGCAGAGUUGUUGUGCCGCACGUGCGGACGUUGUGUACAAGUCUUCAUUUCUGAUAUAAAUUCAGAAUAAAAAGUCGGAUAUUUAAGUUCUAAAAUGGGAAAACCAGGAUUUUCACCAGGUGGUGGUGGAUUUAGAGGAGGUAGAGGAGGUGGACGUGGUGGAGGAAGAGGAGGAUUUGGAAGUGGUCGAGGAGGUGGUAGAGGAGGUGGUGGUGGAAGAGGUGGAGGUAUGCAAGGACGUGUAGGUAAAGGAGGAAGAGGAGGAGGACGCGGUGGAGGUGGUUUUAAAGGUGGCAAAACUGUAGUCAUAGAACCACAUCGUCAUGAAGGUGUUUUUAUAGCUAGAGGAAAAGAAGAUGCAUUAGUUACUUUAAAUUCAGUGUCAGGUUCAGAAGUAUAUGGUGAAAAGAGGAUAACUGUACAGGGCGAGGAUGGUGAGAAGAUUGAAUAUAGGGUUUGGAAUCCAUUUAGAUCAAAAUUAGCUGCAGCCAUACUUGGAGGAAUAGAUCAAAUUCAUAUGCCUCGUGGAAGCAAAGUUUUAUAUUUAGGUGCUGCAUCUGGAACUACAGUGUCACAUGUAUCAGAUAUUGUUGGUCCAGAAGGACUAGUAUAUGCUGUAGAAUUUUCUCAUAGAUCUGGCAGAGAUCUUCUAAAUGUUGCACAAAAACGAAUAAAUAUUGUACCUAUAAUUGAAGAUGCAAGACAUCCUCUCAAGUAUAGGAUGCUUGUUGGAAUAGUAGAUACAAUAUUUGCUGAUGUGGCACAACCUGAUCAAGCCAGGAUACUAGCUCUGAAUGCCCAACUUUACUUAAGGAAUGGAGGUCACUUUGUUAUUUCUAUUAAGGCGAGUUGUAUAGAUUCCACAGCUCAACCUGAAGCAGUAUUUGCCUCGGAAGUGAAAAAAUUAAUUGCUGACAAAUUUAAACCACAAGAACAAAUCACACUAGAACCAUAUGAAAGAGAUCAUGCUGUUGUAGUUGGAAUUUAUAAACCGCCUCCUAAAAAUGCCUCGUCUCCUAAAAAUAUCUAAGAUUCCGUUACAUAUUUUUAAAAUUUAUAUUUAUAUUUAUAU